GGGAAUAGUAAUGUUGCUAGGGAGACUGGGGACAAACCGCGCAUAUUAGUUUCCAAAUAUGGUGGGGAUAAUUAAUUAAUUACCCCUGAAAUUUAUCAGUCCAUUUGAUCUAUAUGCUUUUUAAAUUUCCGCCAAGACUUUACUUCAAAGCUCAAACGGGUCUCGUUGCAGACAAGACAAUCCUUUUGGGCUUUCGACAUAGAUUUCAGCAAGAUGUGUACUUCUAAACAAUGUUAUCAACUUCAUCAUCACAUAUGAUUGGAUUUCAUCGAAUUUCUGUCCACGAAUAGCUGCUUCUGUUUCUGAGCAGAGUGAGGGAGAUUUGGGGAAAUGGUAGUACAUGGGAAGCGUCGGCAGAGGUGUGUGAACAAGGAGAGUUUGCUGGGUUUGAAGUUAGGUCUCUCUGUUCUGGUGGCGGUGAGUUUUGUUUAUAUGACGGCACUCUUUUCUGGAACCAUUAGUCGGAUUGUUGAGAGCGGAUCUCACUUUCUCGAUGACGCUCUGGCAUCAACGCGGCCACUUCGUCUCCUUUUACCUCAAGCUGUUGAUCUGGAUUUCCCUCAAGGGAAUGCACAGGUGUGUGACCUUUUUACCGGAGAUUGGAUUCAUAAUCCAGAUGGUCCGUACUACACAAACGAGACAUGCAAUUUCAUUGAGGCCCAUCAAAAUUGUAUGAAGAAUGGUCGACCAGAUACUAACUAUCUUUACUGGAGAUGGAAGCCGCGUGAUUGUAGCCUACCCCGGUUUAACGCAAAGAAGUUUCUUGAGCUAAUGAGGGGUAAAACUUGGGCACUGAUUGGCGAUUCAAUUUCCAGGAACCAUGUUCAAUCAAUUCUUUGCAUGCUUUCAAAGGUAUAAGCUGUAUUUGGCUUCAAAACUUGUCUUACUUUUAAAUGAGUGUUAAGUUGUUAACUGCACUACACUAGAAAUCGUUGCCCAGGUCCCAGACUUAGGCGCUAUACUUCCUUUAGUCAACCAUGAUUUUCUUUAAUUUCACCCCCCACACGGCCACACCUCAUCUAGUCUAUAUCUUGGAUUCUUGAUAAAUAGAAUAUCUCUAAAACGAAUAAAAGGUGAUAAAAAUGUUAUAUGUUUUUUUUCAUUCUAAGAAAACCUUAAAUAUAUAUAUCAAUACAAUUGAGUAAGCCUUUCAAAAGUUUCAUUCCAAACCUCUUCAACAUGCUCCAUCUAAACAUGGCUUAAAGCAGUAUUCCCAAACCAACAGCCAGCGCUUCUAUGAGCACUGUUUACCUUACAUCUAUUCAUGUGCCAGUAUUACAAACUGAGGCAAUGUUAACAUUUGAUGUCGUGUCAACUCGUUUCAAAUUGAAUCCUUGAGUAUGAGGCCAACUCACCUUAGAUCAGAUCACAACAUAGUGGCAUACUAAUGUGAAAUUAAGGUAAAGUUAGUGGCAAGGUUGUCACGGCGGUUUUGCGAGGCGUCUCAGUGAACUGCCUUGUUGCCUAGAUGACUAGGUGACUCCUUAGGCGAUAAUUAGGCGACAAGUAAAUAUAAUACAUCAAUUAGGAUGUUUUCAAUUGGAGUGAAUUUUUUGUGUGUAGAUGUCUAUUUUAUGUGUACUUUACAAUGUAUGACCUGGUUUGGUCUGAGACUGAAAUCAGUCUGACUAAAAACAUCUUUAGUAAUUUAUUAUAUUAACUUAAAAAUGAGAGUCUAAUGUAUAUUUCCUUUCUCAAUGAAACAAUAAAAAUAUAACAAAAAGGAAUAAUGUGAUUUAUGUGACUGAUGUUUUCAGAAAUGGGAAAAAAUGGUACAGAGAAAAAAGUAACUAGAUUAAUAAAGAAACUAAAAUGAUGAACAAGAAAGAAGAAAAGUAAUAAUGAAAAUGCAAAUUUGGGCUAGAACUCAACCCCCCGGCUCCCUAUGAAUGCAUAGUUAACGCCUAAGAGAUGUCAUUGAAUGUUUGGCACUCUUCAGGCAAGGCGACCAGCUAUGGGGAUUGUAUUUUACUGUCUGGACACCUAGUUGCCGCCAAGUCAUGGCCUAGGCCAGCUAUGGUUUGCGGUUCUAACAACAUCGGACCAUUUUUUUUAUACCCCAGUACUGUAAUGAAGCAUUUUUUAGGUGGAGCAACCUGUUGAAGUGUACCAUGAUGAGGAAUUCAGAUCCAGAAGAUGGUUCUUCUCCGAGUCCAAUUUCACAAUUUCUGUCAUUUGGUCCCCUUUUCUAGCAGAAGCAGACAUAUUUGAGGACUUGGAUGGGGUUUCCACAUCUGAGGUCGAGCUUCAUCUCGACAGGCUUGACAAGAAGUGGAGCCAACAUUUCCAUAGUUUUGACUACGUGAUAUUCUCAAGUGGAGAAUGGUUUGUCAAGUCAACAGUCUAUUUUAAGGGCAAAACAUUAUUGGGUUGCCACAACUGCCCCAAACGGAACUUAACACAGCUUGGAUUCGAGUUCGCAUACAGAGAAGUUCUAAGAAGUGUUUUCGGCUUCAUCUUGUCAUCUUCAAAAGAGCAGCACAAAGGCAUGAUUUUCUUUAGGACUUCCACAUCAAGUCAUUUUGAGAAUGGUGAGUGGCAUACUGGAGGAAACUGCAAACGAACCGAACCGGCCAAGGAAGGCGAGCUCGAGCGAAGUGAGAUCCACAAAAUUCUCCGCCGUGUGGAGUUACAAGAGUUUGAGAAGCUGGUGGGUGAUGGCAGUGAGAAGGGAGUGAAGCUCAAACUUUUUGAUGUGAGCCCGCUUUCGUUGCUCAGGCGUGAUGGCCACCCUGGCCCUUACAGAUUCUUCCAACCAUUUGCAGGAGGCAAGAGUGGGCCUGGUAUUAGUGAUUGUCUUCAUUGGUGUUUGCCAGGACCAAUAGAUUCAUGGAACGAUUUGAUGAUGGAGAUGGUUCUCCGUGGCCGGGACGCUGAUGGACUUGUUGACUUUUAGUGUAUUACAUUUUGACCCCUUUCAUGAAUGGUUUUGCGUUCUAAUAACUGAAAUUAGCCCAUCCGGCCAUCCCAUGCCAUGUUUGACGACUGAGGUGCAUCUUAUAGAUUUUUUAAACACUUGUUAUUUGUAAUUAGGAUGUUUUUACUUGGACCGUAAUUUGUCCCAGACCAGUCCAGACCAGACCAGACCAAUUCAGACCAAACCAGACCAGACUUGGACAGUUAUAAAAAUACAAAGAAACCAGACCUUACCAGACCAGACCAGUUCAGACCAGACCAGACCAGACCAGCAAAUUACAGUCCAAGUAAAAACAUCCUAAGGAUUUAUUCUUUUAUAGAUAGUUCUUUUCUAAUGAUUUAUAGUUUUAUUCGUUCGUUUGUUUAUUGUAUCACCCUUGAACUACUCUGAUAUUCUGAUUCUGAGAAAUAACAUUAAAAUGCAUUUUGGUUUGCUGAAACAUGACCG